GGGGAGGCUUCUUUCUACGGCGGCCGGGGAGCUUGUGUCGCCUCUGUCGCUGCGGAACCGAGAUCGGAGCGUCUGCGUGGUUACGGGCAGCUUUGGUGGCGGCUGCUGCUAGAGCUGGAGAUUUCCCGAGUUGAUGGCUCCUGCACAUUCUUUACAGUUCUCCAGACCUCCUGUUUAGGACAUCAUGACUUCCAUUCUCUUGCUAAGGACUAUCCAGAGUGUCACCUAGUGACUGGUGUUAGAAACUGUCUGAACCAAAGUCUUCCCUGUGACCUGCUUUCUUUCUGAAUGAGGAAAACAAUACAGGAUUGUUGUUAGGUGCUGUUGAGUCGAUUCCAACUUAUAGUGACCCUAUGUACAACCGAACGAAACACUGCCUGGUCCUCCGCCACCCUCACAAUCAUUGUUACGCUUGAGCCCAUUGUUGCAGCCACUGUGUUCCGCCUGAGCAAUUCCCAUUCUUCACAAUGUUAUGAUCCACAGAGUGGAGUGCCUUUCCAUAGUCAAUAAAACACAGUCUGUACGGAAGACUAAACUCUAUAGAAGAAUGCAACCAAGUGAUGGCUUUUUCUUUAGAAUUUGAAUAUGGAAGCUACGGGAACAGAUGACGUUGACAAGCUAAAAACUAAAUUUAUAUCUGCUUGGAACAACAUGAAGUAUAGUUGGGUGUUGAAAACAAAAACCUAUUUUAGUAGAAAUUCCCCUGUAUUAUUACUUGGAAAAUGUUACCAUUUUAAAUAUGAAGAUGAAAAUAAAAUGUUACCUGCAAUAUCAUCCUGUGCAAUAGAAGACUGUGUAAUUUCAGGAAAUGUAGAAGAAUUUCGUAAAGAUUUUAUUUCUAGAAUAUGGCUGACCUACAGGGAAGAAUUUCCUCAAAUAGAAGGCUCAGCUUUGACAACAGACUGUGGUUGGGGCUGUACAUUGAGAACUGGCCAGAUGCUGUUGGCUCAAGGACUCAUACUGCAUUUUCUUGGUAGAGCUUGGACCUGGCCUGAUGCUUUGAACAUUGAAAAUUCAGACUCUGAAUCAUGGACUUCUCACACGGUAAAAAAAUUUACUGCAUCAUUUGAAGCAUCGCUGUCAGGGGAAAGUGAACUCAAAACUCCAUCAAUUUCUUUGAAGAAAACGAUUGGGAAAUAUUCUGAUGAUCAUGAAAUGCGAAAUGAAAUUUAUCAUAGGAAAAUCGUCUCUUGGUUUGGUGAUUCCCCCCUGGCCCUCUUUGGCUUACAUCAACUAAUAGAAUAUGGAAAGAAGGCGGGGAAAAAAGCUGGAGAUUGGUACGGACCAGCUGUGGUUGCUCACAUUUUAAGAAAAGCAGUUGAAGAAGCAAGACACCCUGAUUUACAAGGAAUAACAAUUUAUGUUGCCCAAGAUUGUACAGUUUACAAUUCUGAUGUAAUUGAUAAACAGUGUGCUUCCAUGGCCUCUGAUAACCCAGACAACAAAGCUGUUAUUAUUCUAGUUCCUGUUAGACUUGGUGGAGAAAGAACCAAUGUCGACUACUUAGAGUUUGUAAAGGGAAUUUUAAGCCUUGAAUAUUGUGUGGGUAUUAUCGGUGGCAAACCUAAGCAGUCAUAUUACUUUGCUGGAUUUCAAGAUGACAGUUUGAUUUACAUGGAUCCUCAUUACUGCCAAUCUUUUGUAGAUGUCAGCAUAAAGGAUUUCCCUCUUGAGACAUUCCACUGCCCUUCUCCCAAAAAGAUGUCAUUUCGGAAAAUGGAUCCUAGCUGUACAAUAGGAUUUUACUGUCAGAAUGUUCAGGACUUUGAACGAGCUUCUGAAGAAAUCACUAAGAUGCUGAAAGUUUCUUCUAAGGAGAAAUAUCCACUAUUUACUUUUGUAAAUGGUCAUUCCAGGGACUAUGAUUUUACAUCUACUACAACCAAUGAAGAAGACCUUUUCUUAGAGGAUGAAAAGAAGAGAUUAAAAAGAUUUAGCACAGAAGAGUUUGUCUUGCUUUAAUGAUUAACACUUUGGUGCUUGAUGAGAAGAACUCCCUUGAAACAGAAAAAUGAAGAGAAACAAGUAUACUUGAAACUGGUUUAUUUUCAGAAAUAUCUUAAUUUUGUAUGUUCUGUAUAAAAAAGAGCAUUUGAAAAUAUACAAGUUUUAAAGAUAUUUUUCUGCAAGAGAAGUAAUCUAAUGAAUCUUGGUUUCUAAUAAAUAUUAAGUGAUACUGGUUACAUUCCUAUUUUCCAAAGAUCUGCUAAUGAGAACUCUAACUACGAGCCUUCCUCUCUUCAGUUCUUUCGCCUGAGGCCACUAGACUCCUGGAGGUUUUGUGAUACCGGCCCAAAGACUGGAAUCACCAAAUACUUUCAAGUUUCGGCUUGUGUUCACAACAAGAAGACCAGAGAAUGAAUCUUUGAUGGCGCCUAGGCUCCUGCUAUGAUUGUUAAUGAAAUGAAAGGGUGCUUUUGGACGUAUUUUGAUAUAUUAAAGACUAGCUGUGAUAUGCGUACAAUUAUAUAAGCAGAAUUGUAAGUUGAGGUAAUACUUAGCAAUAUGAUUUUAUAAUGACUGCUCAUUAUGCUUGCUGUUGAACCUUCAUAUGAGGCAUAAAUAUAAAGUAUUGGUUUUCCCCACAAAUUUAAAGGUUACAUUAGUAAUAGUAACUACACCCAGUCCAGUCAAAUAAAAAACAAUUGUAAGAUAGGAGUAGUGUUUGUCUCCUAUCUGAAAAAUGCAAUUUUAUGGGAAUUCCACUUAUUAUGCAGUUUUUAAAUCUAAAGGUAAGUACCAAGAAAGGCAUCAGUAAGUGGCCCUCCAUGUGAUUUUUGCUAUUAGUAUGAAUCAGUGUAGUGGCAUUUAUAAGCUGAGGUCAUCUGUAAGGCAAAUACGCCUUAAGUGUAUUAUGUGUUACUUAAAGGCAGUUUGUGAUAUAAAAGUACCAGAGCUAUUAUUGAGCCAGAAUUAUAAAAUAAAUACUUUAAUAAAGAUGUAAGAACAUAAAAUGCCUUUGUUUUGAUUUUAAUGUGGAAUUCUUUUAAUCCUUUUGUUUGAAAAAUUAUUGCCCCAAAUGAAUUCUGUUUAUUUAUAAUGAAAGCAAAUAAUAUUGUUGCUCUAAAAGCACAAUAUUAACUUUCUUUAUGGGCUUCCAUGUUUCAUUGUAGAAAGGUGACUUAUUAUAAAGACAUAAAAUUGCGUAUCCUCUACAGUCAUUGAUCUCUUCUAUCAGAAAGCUUGUUAGGUUUAGAGUUGCAUGCAGAACUGAAACAGAGGGUGAGCAGAUUGCUUUAGUAUGCCUGAUGAGAGAAUUCAGGUUUCAGUUUCUCAGUGUGGAUAGUUUACUGAAGUGAAAUAAAUAGUCUGAAUCUAAAAUUUUCCUUUACUCUUGAUGAAAUCUGGACAAGUUAAAUCCAGUGUUAAUUUUCCUAGGAUGUCAAAGCAAUGUAGAAACAGUAAGUCAGUGGCAUUACAAAUUUUAUAGGUUUUUAGUCCUCACAUCUAAGCUAGUGCAAUUUGUUGUUCCUACACAGCUGCAGUAUUCUCAGGAUUCUACAAUAAAUGCACCAAACAAGAGCGCCCAUACUUGCGAAUGGAUCAGAACUGAUUUUAAGUGUUCUCACAAGAACUAUAAAAUGUUGGAGUUACAGGAUAGGAGGCUGUUAUUUUCUCAGUCUGUUUAGAGAUCAUCGUAAAGAGGAUUUUGGAAUGACAACUGGACAAUGUUGAUGUGAGGGGGGCAGAAACUUCCUUCACAUUGAAUUAUAUUGAAAAUGCUUUAAAACAUUAUACAAACAAAACAAAUUUUACAAUUCAAUCAUCCUCGUGACUGGAAAUAAAUAUUUAUAGUUAGAAGUUAUUAGCAUGAUAAUAUGCACAUAAAAGAUAUUCAAUAAUACUAAUAAAUGAAUGAAAAUUGAGAGAUGGGCUGAAGGAUUUGUCCUGCCUGCUAAUUCAGCUUCAGCAGAGGACUAGCCCAAAGUUGGGCUCAUCUGCUCUUAGGAAGGCAAUAGCAAAACUGCACCAACUGAUUUAAAACAGAGGUACUGUGGAGUAUCUGGUUUCCAACUUUGUUUUGAACAUAGAUUUCUUUUCAAGUUCUGACAGUGAGUAAACUUCAUCAGUAAAGCUUAUGAAUGAUCUCUUUCAGCCCAGAAUAAAGGAAAGUCAAAAGGACAAGAUUCUAAGAUGGGUGUACUUUUAGAAUUAUGAGAGAAGAACCCUCCAUUUGGACACCAUAAAUAUUAAGAUACUGGAUUUUACCAUUAACAUUUCAGAAAUA